AUGUCCGCAACAGUGGACUCAUUGGUUAAGACGAUUCUAAAGGGUGGCUCGUCAGCUGGGGAGGUAACUCGUCAGUUGAGCUGGGUGGAGGACGCUAAUGCUGUGGGCAAGAGAGGCGUCACUCCUCUUAUCGCUGCAAUAGAGUCUGAAGAUGAUGAGAUAAUUUCGGUCCUAUUGGAUAGCAAGAAGGUCGACGUUAACGUUCGUGAUGCGGUGAUGGUGUUACCUCCUAUUGUCCAUGCGGUUCGUCAUGGUGGAGGAGCCCUCCUGCCUCUUAUCAAGAGAGGGGCCGAUCUGAAGGUCGCUGACGAGGCUGGGGAUAAUGUGGCGCAUUGGGCGUGUAGGCUGAACGAGCCGUCGGCAGUGACUUUACUGGGCAAGUCGAGUCCCUCUAUAUUCACUGCCACUGAUGAUGAAGGAAACACACCACUCCAUGUGGCUCUCUUGGAGGGUCAGCAGGAGGCUGCCUUUGCCGUGCUCGACCCCGACCUGGGCUUGGUAGAGGUACUUGAUCUCAACAGCAAGAACGAUCUCGGCGAGACCCCACUGGUGUUGGCAGUGAAAGGGUAG